UUGUAUUUAUAGACCAUCUAGACUACAACGGGCCCGUUUAACAUAAAAUCGCUACACGACCUUUCUCUUCUCAUUCUGCCUUCACAUAUUUUCACUCUUAUCCGGCUAAACCUUAAUUCUCAUAGGUGGUGCAAUUGUUCGUUUCCAGCAUUGGAUUUUGCUACCUAUAAUUCUUUCAAUUCAAGUAGUUUUGAAAUCGCCUCAAUAUAUGUUGCGAAUUGCGCGGUGAUGGCUUCCGCGGCGAAUUUCAAGCCCGGCGAUGACACGAGCUCGUGCUCCAUAUUUUUAAGCGAGACGGUGAACGGGUCUCACCGAUUCACCGUACAGGGUUACUCUUUGGCCAAAGGGAUGGGUGUGGGGAAGUACAUAAUGAGCGACACGUUCACGGUGGGUGGGUACCAAUGGGCGAUUUACUUCUACCCCGACGGUAAAAAUCCAGAGGAUAACUCUAUGUACGUGUCGGUUUUCAUUGCGCUGGUGAGCGACGGCGUGGACGUGAGGGCGUUGUUCGAGCUGUCGAUGCUGGACCAGAGCGGAAACGGAAACAACAAGGUGCACAACCACUUCCUACGUGCUCUGGAGAGCGGGCCUUACACGCUUAAAUACAGAGGUAGCAUGUGAGGAUACAAACGAUUUUUUAGAAGAAAUCUUUUAGAAGCUUCUGAUUUUUUU